AUGCCGGACAUUGAGGUGAUUUCGGCGGGCCACGGGGUGUGCGGCGAGGGACCGCACUGGGACGCCCGCUCGCAGGCGCUCUACUCCAUCAGCGUGAGCGUCGGCGCCGACAAGAGUCCGGACGUGCUGCGCUGGGACGAGCGGCGGCGCGCCGAGACCGGUCUGGUGAUCACCCCGGACCCGACGCCGGCGCACGCGCUCUCUGAGUUCACCACGUUCGUGAUCCCGGUGCGCGGCCGCGCCGACACGUUCGUGGUGAGCCGCGGCGACCGGGUGGCCACGCUGCACUGGGACGGCGCCUCGCCGCAGCACGAGCUACACUGCUUCGCCAAGGUGGAUGAGCACGUGCCGCACCCGAUGCGGCUCAACGACGGCAAGUGCGACCCGCUGGGCCGGCUGUGGACGGGCACCAUGAGCGAGGAGUCGUCGCCCGGCGAGCCGCGCGUGUCGGCGCCGGCUCUCUGUACUCGGUGUCCCGCGACGGCGGCGUCACCGCCCGGCAGGACGGCAUCAGCAUCUCCAACGGACUCGGCUGGAGCGCCGACAUGAGGCUUCUUCUACAACGACAGCUACACGCGCAAGGUGGAGGUGUUCGACCACGACCCGGUGAGCGGCGCGCUGAGCGGCCGGCGGACGGUGCUGGACACGGCCGCCGCCCGGCUGCCCGGCCUGCCCGACGGCCUGACGCUGGACGCCCGCGGCCGGCUCUGGGUGGCGCUGUUCGGCGGCGCCCGGGUCAUCUGCGUGGACCCGGCGCAGGGCCGCGUGGCCGAGACGCUCCACCUGCCCACCUACAACAUCACGUCGUGCACGUUCGGCGGCGCCGGCCUGGACGCGCUGUACGUCACCUCGGCCUCGUUCGGCCUGCAGCCGUGGCAGCGUAAGAUCCAGCCGGACGCCGGCGCCAUCUUCCGCGUCACCGGACUCGGCGUGAGCGGCACCGAGAACCGCGACUGGGACGCCGACUGGGAGGCCGUCCGGGCGCGCCGCGUGUAGGGCCCGGCUCUCGGCGGAGCUGUGAGCCGACCUGCUAUAUCCACCGCUCAGUCUGGCGGCGUACGGGACCAAAUGUCUGUCGGUCGCUAGAUAGUUUAUACCACCUAUGUGGAGUCUGAAGGGAGCGAAACUCGUCGAGGAUUUUAUAUUCAGCACAGAAGCACAAUGUCACAGAACCUAAAUGUUGAGGGAGACGCGUGUCCGUUUCUCCGCUGUGAGCGAAGUCCAAGGAGCCACGUGACUGUAAGUACAAUAUCCAUGACAAAAGAAACGGUAGCUACUGACAUAAAAUCACAUUAUUUUCACUGUUUUCGUUUGCCGUCCAAAUGUAAACACGGCUGAAUGCUGUGUACAAUGCUCAAGUCUUUAACCUGCAGCAUGUGUACAGACUGCAGUAUGCCUGUGCCUGUGUACAUUUGGAGUUUUGACCUGUGAAUUUUAAAUAUACGAUUCACCCUGAAGUUA